AUGAGAUCGGCCAUUCUUGCCCUGGUAGCUUUGCUCCAGCUUGCCUCAGGGCAGGUUGACUCUAGCUCAACUACGGCAACCGAUUCUAUCGCUUUCACCACCACUGCAACUGAUACUACUGCCUCUGGUGCUGCAGGCUCAGGAUCAGCGACGACAACCACAUCAGAUCCCAUCACCCAGACUAUCGCCGUCGGCCUGGGGGGUCACACGUUUAGCCCCAGCGUCGUGCAACUCUCUCAAGGAAAUUUUGUCGAGUUUCAAUUCUAUCCAACAAAUCACUCAGUUAUUCGAGCCGAAUACAAAUUCCCUUGCAUUCCCUAUGAAAUGACAGGGGUGGACAAAGUUGGGUUUGACUCGGGUUUCCGAAUUGUUGACGCAAUUUUGCCCGAUCCACCCAAAUUUACCCUUCGCAUCAACGACAGUGAACCAAUAUUCUUUUACUGCGGAGCGCCAGGUUCCUGUAUCGACUGGCAGAUGGUCGGUGUAAUCAAUCCCAAUGCAAGUGUCUCUUUGGAAGUACAGAAACAGUAUGCCGCCAACUCAUCAUUCAUGCUUCUUCCUGGAGAGGACUGGCCCAGCGAGUCAGAGACCCCCUUCACCACAACGACGAGUUCCUCGACAUCUUCAGCAACUGGCACAUCAACAGGCUCAGCAUCGGGUGCAAACUCAGAAGCCGACGAGAGCCAUUCCCAUGGCCUCUCGACGGGUGCUAUCGCCGGUAUAGCCAUUGGUGCAGCAGCGGUUGCCAUUGCCGGAGCGGCGCUCCUGUUCUUCUGUGGCCGCAAAUCUCGUCGCAAUAAUGCUGCAGCUCAAUCCCAACCACCUAUGGCCCCUGCACCGCCAGCUUACAUGCCGCCUGGAGGCUUUGAUUAUCGCAGCUCAAUGCAGCCAUCAGUCAUGUCGCCUGUACUGAAUAAGCAUAUGUCGGGCAUAUCUACUGCCCCUGUUCCCAUUACUGAUGCCUUUGGCAACCCAACUGGACAAUACGCCCAACCGCAGUACCCAGGAGCUUAUGCACAGCAACCAAACUACCAGCCACACAUGACGCCCCAACAGCCAUAUGGAUGGCCAGGCUCUCCUGCACAAGACAUCUUCGGUCAAGCACCAACACCCCAGCAUGAAAACCAGCCAUUAGUUGCUGGAAGUGAACUGCACUCGCAACGAGCAAGCAGUCCAGGUUCCACCGGCGCUGCACCCCAGCCCCAGAGCGGAGGUAUUGAAGGAUUCCUGCAACGGCAAAACAGAAUGAGCCCUGCGCCUGAGCAUGAACUCCACACCCAACAGACCAUGCCGUAA